AUGGACAAGCAGCACACCUUGCCGGAUGGAUGGCUGAGCAAACGGAACAGCACUCACAUUCCGGGACUCGCUCGACGAAACCCAACCCUACGUGUCCAAACACGAAAAGCGACCGCCGUCUUCAGUGAGCCGCACGGGCGAAUGGUGAUCCAUCCACACAACUUCCUGCGACUCUCUCAUCGACCCAUCAAUCAUCCGAAAGCCGCUCGAUUCAAUUUUACGCGUGCGACCCUCUGA